GGCGCUUUCUCCCCCUGGUCACCUUCAAACACGAAGCCCGCUGCGCACACGUGCGCUCACUACGGUGUCCGAGGAGGGACGCGACGGAGCGAAAAUCCUUCCGCCUUUCAGACACGCAUUAAAUAGCUGAAAGUGAUUUAGUUCCAGUCCAAAUGGAGGCUCUCGGCGUAUCAUCCGUUGAGUACCUGAAGGCUCUCUCCACCUUGUUUUCAACUCAGCAGGAUGAUGACGGUGAUGAUGAAGACUGUAAAAACGUGGCUGCUUGUGCAGGUCUGGGUCCCGGACACAUCGGCCCCCCACCCAAAAGAGACAAAGAAGUGUCAACUGUGUGCGGGAAGGAGGACAGCAAAGACAUAUGGAGCGAGGAGGAGGUGGGUGAAGGCUCCCAGUAUGAUGAUCCCGCUGACCCGCGGCCCCCACCUGAGUAUGAAGUAAUCCUGAAGCAGAGUGUGGGGACAGAGGACUUGUUCUUGGGCCUGAACAGAAAGGACCCGUCCUCCAUGUGUUGUGAAGCCAUGCUGGUGAAGAUCAAACUACCAGAGACAGAAGCAACCGAUGUGGUCCUGGACGUCAAAGAAAAGUUCCUUGAUCUGCGGACGCCAAAAUAUAAACUGGGUCUCCAUCUCCCACAUCCGAUCCACAGCCAGGGGGGAAAGGCUCAGUUCUUCAGUGAGAGGGGGGAGCUGGAGGUGACGCUGCCGAUGAAGCGUCCCAUGGACUUCAUCAACAUGCCAUGACCACGAGGACGCCCACGGAGACACGGUGGUUGGACCCUGAUUUUGUGUCUCGUCUUAUUCUACGAGUGUUCAAAUACGGCUUUACAAUAAACAUUUGUCUAAGAAUGCGA